UUACAAGGCUAAUGGAAUAUUUAUUAGAUUACGAAGAUGACAUGAAGAACCACCUACCAGGCUUUGCCUUGUUUUCUCUCUACUUAGUUACAAGCUUAAUGGAACAUCUAUCAGAUUAUGAAGACGAU